UUCGCAUGAGCAAUGAAGACUUUCGAAGCUCGAGAUUACGCUCCAUCUAGGAGUUUCAGAUAUGGUAAGAGAGUAUGGUGUCUUUGCUUUCGAUCGAAGUGAAGUCGGGCUUUGAAAUACCGAGUUUACCCCAGACUUUUAGAUCGUUGCCGGAUUAAAGUUUUAGCGACAUCUUCCGAUUUUAGAAGCCAUUCGAGACGCAAGACAACGAUGAACGCAGCACUCUCAUAGCUUCCGAACAACAAUGCAGAGCUUCCCACGCCUGGUAACUAGCGUAGCUCGCAAAGAUGCAGCUGGGGUAUGCUCGUCAUGUGCGAAAGGGGGAGGGCGAAAUCAAUCAACACCAUUUUUCCAAUCCUCGAUGAUCCGAUCGAUAUCGAAUACCUCGAAACCUAGACAAAAUGUCGCCCCGACUAUGGAGCAAUUACGAGCACCAUUUCAGAAGAAGAACAGCUCGACAAUGUAUUAUGCGUUCAGUAUCAUUAUGGGGACAGUGGCAUUAUCCUAUGGUUCCGUGCCAAUGUAUAAAAUGAUCUGCCAGACGACAGGAUGGGGAGGACGACCUAUCAAAGCACAAGGUCACGGUGGUGCAGAUGGCGAUCCAGCAGAGCGACUCAAACCAGUUACCGGGGCAAAACGCAUCCGCAUAACGUUCAAUGGCUCUGUUUCCGAUGUUCUUCCCUGGAAGUUCACGCCUCAGCAGCGAGAAGUUCGGGUACUACCAGGCGAGACAGCAUUGGCAUUCUACACAGCUACGAACCGGUCGAAAGAUGAUAUCAUUGGGGUGGCGACGUAUAGCGUUACACCUGCUCAGGUGGCGCCAUACUUCAGUAAAAUUCAGUGUUUCUGUUUUGAGGAGCAAAGGUUGAAUGCUGGAGAGACUGUGGAUAUGCCAGUCUUCUUUUACAUAGAUCCGGAUUUUGUGAAUGAUCCGAAUAUGAAGGGCAUUGAGCAGGUUACCUUGAGUUAUACGUUUUUUAAAGCGAGAUACGACAGUGAAGGGCAUCUAAAGCCUUAUGCUUGAUCAAAUUAUUGUAUACUAGCACCGGGCGGAGCAUUGGGCGGCGUUGGGUUGACAAACCCGGUUGUAUAAAGAUACGUUGUCUAACAUAAAUUCUGCUCCUCUUUCUAUAAGUGAAUGCAGCUCUACUCGCCUG